GAAAUUCCUAUCGGUAAAUUUGUCCGGGGAUUUGUUGUGAUUGAUGUUCCCAUUUGUCUGGUGAAGUCAGCUCAGCGAGGUUGCGCGUUUCAGUGAAGCAAUAAGAAAAAGUUGACGUCCAACACAAGCUUCAAGAACAAAGUUUCUCAUGCUGCCUUGUUUACAUGAUGGACGGAUAUACCAUAUCAUCUGCGUCAGAGGAACUUGUUCCAAAUGAACCAGAUAAUUAUCGGCCACCUGCAGAGCUGUACCCAUAUCUCACUACUGUGGGGGAGAUUUAUGAAGACCAUAGAUGGACCUUCCACUCAGAGCGUGUCCAGCCGACGGACUUUGAGAAUUCUCCAGUGAAUCACCUCAUUGAGCUUCAGUCUGUGUCUCCUCAACAACUGGUACAACCAACAUACCGCUACAGCAGCGAGUCCAUGCCCCUUCACCUGGACCCACCACUCGUACCCCUCUCUGUGUCACCACAAAUCCCAUAUUACACCCCAUCCCUGUGCUACCAGUACCAACCCUCUGCCUCGCCUGGACAUUACUACUCAGAAGAGGAACAAAGAGGAAUCAGUCCUCCGCUCGAGGUAUCAGACGGGGAGGAACUUGAAGACCAGAACCACUCCUUCAGGAAAGACAUUAGCAACAAGAAGAAAAUCCGCUUGUACCAGUUCCUCUUGGACUUGCUAAGAAACGGUGACAUGACUGAUAGUAUCUGGUGGGUGGACCAGGACAAGGGUAUCUUUCAGUUCUCCACAAAACACAAAGAAGUCCUGGCCAGCCACUGGGGUACUCAGAAAGGAAACCGUAAAAAAAUGACCUACCAAAAAAUGGCUCGAGCUCUGAGGAACUAUGGUAAAUCUGGAGAGAUUAAAAAAGUGAAGAAAAAGCUUACCUACCAGUUCAGUGAGGAGGUGCUGAGGAACCUCUACUUACGCCAGUAUCCUCACUGAUGAGGGAACACAGGCUGUCUUUCAUUACGCUGAAAUCACUAAACUAGCCAAGAUUGUGUUUUUCCUGUAUGCAAUUUCACUUCGUUUUUCUACCAAGUUUUCUUACAUAAUUUAUUUUUGAUGACGGUGUAAAUCCUCUCCUAUGCCAUUUGCCUCUAUAAACUUCUUCAUUUUAGACUCAAAUGGAGUUUGCGCAUGUAAAUUUAAGUGUUUGUGUACAAGGAUUAAAGGAUUAUUAAACAUCAGGGACAACUAAAAACAACUGUUUUUACAUAAUCUUUUGUCAUGAAUGUCUGGUUUGUCAAAUGAACUGAAUCCAUCUGUAAACGCACACAAAUUAUGUUCUGGCCUAUAGUGAAUAUGUGUCAUAUAGUCCAGAGCAUGAUGUGGCCCAUUUCUAAUUUAGGGAAAUUUGAGUGUCAGAGCUGAGCAACAUGGCUGCAAAUUAAUGUCACUUUUUUUAACCCUGGUCCAAAUGGGAAAAGGGGGGGAGAGCAAACGUCAGAUGUGUAGGUGGUAAAAAGCUGUGGGAAAUAGUGAAAAGACAGAUAAUUGAAGCAUUCAAACAAGAAAAAGUAGCAGAGACGUGUGUGCAAGAUAACUGGAAAAACUUUAAAUGCAGAUGUAGCUUUGUGUAUGGAAUCUGUACAGAGCCUACCUACGAAAAAGGCAUUUGGCUGCUGGAAGGGCCUGACCAAGACCACAAAAUCUGUUGUGGUCCAUGCCAGCCUGGAAAAAAACACACUACAGAUAAACACACAGGCAAAAGUAAAGUGUGCCAUUCACACAAGAGUAACCAUAUAAUAUAUAUUCAUAGACCUCACCUUAAGCAAAAACCGAUAUGAGAAACUAAACGGCACAAACGAGGGCUGAGACAGACCCAGAUAGAAAUAGACUGGGGAGCCAUGGUCUGAAACCAAGAGUUAGACCUGAGAAAAAUAAGGGAGUUAGAUCUGUCUACAGUUAAGUCUUUGUGAUUAAACUUUAGCAUAUGAACUUAAUAAAGGCCCAUUCAUUUUAACUACCUCCCAAAAUAAAGGGGAACCAAUGGCAUUGUGAUAGACUCCCUAACAUCAGUAGAAACCUUUAGAAGAAUUUUACUUUUUUUAUUUUUAAAAAUGAUUUAUUCCUUACCUAAUAUCAAGCAUCAAUUAUGUGAAACACGGUAUUAAAUAUUGCUUGUGUCUGAGUAGUAAAAUAUCCCAAAUAAAAUAGAUGACAAUACAUGUAAGUGCAUAAAUUAUAAAUAAUGAAAAUAAACAAUAUACAUAACUAGAAAUGGUCUUCCAUUCAAGGUUGGUACAUUCCAGGUCUAAUGAUUUCUGCAAUCUUACAUCUUUAAGCAGUUAUUUUGCAGAUUUCAUACAUACAGGCCUAUAUUUCAGGGAUUUACAAUAUAGUUGAAAUGCAUUACAAAAAGCAAUACAAAUGGAUGGAGUUUUCAUAAAUUUGACUUUGUUUAUAUAAUAUUUUGCCAUCCACACAUUACAUCUACAUGUGGUUGGAGUUCGACAUGUUAUUUUUUUCUAUUCUUUCAUUUGUUUCCAACACAGCAAGAGGAAAAUAAAAUAUGCUCUGUGGUUUCAAUGUCAAAAUAACGGACAUCACUUUCAAAACGGAUUAAUUUGAAACGAUAAAGU